AUGCGAAAAGAACAAUAUGAUCUUGCACCGGUACACUUCCUUUCGCAUGGAACUACUAUGUUAUUGGGAGAGGAUUCACGAAUAAGGGAUUUUUGGACAAAGUUGGGAAGAGAUGCAUUGCGUCAUGACGUUAGAGGUGUCAUUAUCAUGGGUGCACAUUGGAACGCGGAAGGAAGGAAAGUUAAGGUCGCAAUGAACCCUUCACCUACAUUGAUGCCUCUCGCCAACACUGAUGCAAAACACUGGGCAAAUUGGAAGCCCAAUCCCGACCUCGAGACUGGGCGUCAAGUUAUAAAGAUGCUCAAGAUGGCAAAUAUCGAAGCUGAAGAAGAUUCUCAGUUUGAAUGGAUGAUAGAUACGUUUCCCAUCCUUAUCGCGAUGUUUGGAGAUCAAUGUCCUCCCACAACAAUCAUUUCACAGAAUUCCUAUUUCGAUCCCUACUUCCAUAUCCAAAUUGGAACCGCACUGCGCACACUAAGGGGAAAGCGCUAUCUUUUGAUCGGAUCUGGAGGCGGCACACACAAUCUUUACCGGGCAGAGUGGAAAUUCAUGCUAAAAUACAAAGAUAACUUCGCCAUGGAAAAGCCCCCAGACAAGGAUAGCAUUGAAUUUCGUCAGUCACUCGAGGACGUUAUUUGCAAGAAUGGGGGUGGUCCAGAAUUACGCCGCGGAUUGGCAAGACUAAUGAAGAACCCAUAUUUUCGUGAGGCACAUGGAACCGACGAACACUAUGUUUCAGCUUGCUUUGUUGCUGGCGCUGUUGGAGAUGAAGAAGAUCGGGGAGCAAACGCCAAGCUUGGAGCAGAGGCUUGGGAACUGCGGACCCAAUGCGAAUCACAAUUUACUAUUGGUGAAUGGCCGAAAGCGUGGAAGAAAUUUACUACGUAG